CGACAGUUUACAGUAUUUUAAUUUAUCGUAGCGGGUAACCCGUAUACUCUUUUAUAUAAACAUCUCAUUUCCCCUUCUCCUUUCUUCACUUCACAUAUUAUAUAGUACUAUUCACCAUGGAAAAUUCCCAACCACCUCUUGCCACAGAGAGUUUUUCAUAUAGCUGGUUGUUGAACAGAAAACCUUCCAUUGAUGGCCUAACAGAAUCUCCUAGACCUUCUUAUAGUGAUGAUGAUCAUGAUAAUGAUGAUGAAGAAGAAGAUAUGAAGUUUAUCGCUUACUCGAAAAGAUUCCUAGAAGAAGCUCAAAACUUCAAUUUUGAUGUUCAUCCUGUUUCUGAAUCUGUCCACGCUGAUGAAAUCUUCUCUCAUGGACACAUCAUGCCUCGAUAUCUUGAUAAAUCAAAGAUUGAAUCUUUUCGCGAAGCCUUAAACAAUUUCAAUAUAAUUUCAUCAGUACCUUCAAGUAGUAGUACUCAUCCCACACCACGAGUUCCAGAUUCUACAACCAGUACUCAAGCUGAUUUUCUUGAGAAAUGGAGGAGAUUUUCGCGCAGAGUGUUGGUUAAAUGGUUUGGAUUCAUCAGGCCAAUUUCCAAAAGGAUAUCAAGUUCAAGAAAAAGUACAGCAAAAGUCGAUGAUCUUCAAAGAAAAGUAAGUGAAAUUCAAAGCUGCAAAACUACUGAUUCUCCUCCUCAUCGAAUAAUGAAAUCUCAUUCUGUUGUUGAUUGGGCUGGAAAUCGUAACGAUCAAACAAGUAGAGUUAAGACAUUGAGAAAGGUGAAAAGCUGGAGCAGUAUUAAGUCACCACAGGCUGCUUAUAAUUCCCCUAUAAAAAGUCCAUCCUAUGAUCAUUCUACCGCGGUUUCUGAUGCAAUUCUUCAUUGUAAAAGAUCAUUUGGUAUGUUAACAGAGCCUGAUAUCAAUCUUGAUGAUCAUUUUGACAACAAGAACCAUUACUAGAGCUGUUUAAUUUACCAUAGAUCACUCAGAUUCACUAUUUUGUACAAUUCUGAGGUGAAAAAAAAAACAUAUCAUAGUUAUUAGGACUUAUUUUGUGUAGACCAUGUUAAUAAUACUUUUGUUUCUCUUAUCUUAGUUUGUCAUUUUGAAGUCAAAAUUGAAGAAUGGUGUUAUAAUUGAAAUGAAAGAGUGAUUAUACAC